AUGGCUCCUCUACCUGCAGGUCGGGACAAGAUCCCUGCCCACGACACUCUUUUCACCCGCGACACGCUGCCAGAGGAAUACGAUGCACAAUAUGAGAAGACUUAUCACGAGGACUCAGAGCUUCUUUCUACUAGCAAGCGCGGACUGAAUCCGCUCUCGCCUGAAAGUCUUUCAAACUGGGCCUAUGAUCAACUUCGUGGUCCUUAUGACAACCAGCCUCCUCCACCAGGUCAACCCCCUGACUAUUGGAAGCAUCGCCGACCUGCUCUUAUCUAUAUUCCUGACCACCCGCCGACUCAUCCACCGGCUCGACAACCUCCUUCUUCCUAUGAUCCUGGCUACCCAGAAAAUCCUGCUUAUGGUCGUGACAACCAGCCGCCGCGACCUGCUCCUGGUUACGAUCCUGGGUAUAGCCGUGAUAACCUACCGCCACGACCUGCUCCUCAUUACGAUCCUGGGUAUGGCCGUGGCCAGCUGCCGCCACGACCUCCUCCUCCUUAUGAGCCUGGGCACCCACCAGCUCAGCAGAUGCCCGCGAUACACGAUCCCCACGUCGACCAAACCCCUGGCCACGUUCCGCCUAAGCCAGCGGCUCCUUCGCUCGCAGAGAAGGCAGGGGGCGUCCACAACAUGGUUUAUAUUGGUGGGGUUAUAGGUGCUGUUGUGAUUAUUGCUGGUUUAAUCUUGAUCCUUAAGACGUGGAUGGAGAAGAGGAAGGAGAAGAAGGAAGCAGAGGGCGGCGGUGAUGGUGGUGGUGGUGAUAAUUAG